AUGGCAUCUGCGUCGCCACGCCGUCCUCCGCCGGCAUACACGGCCCCAGGAGACUCGACUGUGCACGCGUCUUCGCCGGUAUACCGCAAGGUCGCAGCUACAGCAGCAGAGCCUGGGAAACGCAAGCUCGAGACGAGCUUUGUGAUUCGGCCGUGCUCGGGCCAGGCAUGGAAGGUUCGCGCUGGACAGGUCUGUCGCAUCACGACGCCCAGGGGACCGCAGGUUGGGGACUUUAACGUCUGGAAUGCAAAUAACCCGCGCGAGCGACUGUGGGCAGCGCGCACCCGGCAAAUCCAUCGCUCGCAUGUCUCUGUCGGCGACCGCCUGUGGUCGAAUCUGCCGUAUCUCCGGCCACUGGUGACCAUCACUGGCGACUCUCUGGGUGGCGGGCAGCUGGAUCAAGUGGAAAGAGGAUCAGGCUCGCCCUUUGCAGUCACGCAGUGGGGAGGCCGUGUCCACGACUUGCUCGGCACCAGAUGCGAUCCCUACGUGAAUCUCCUCAUGGGCGGGGAGUCGUUUGACUUCCACUGCCAUUCCAACCUGACUCGAGCAGUGGCGCCAUACGGCUUGACCGAGCUGGACGUCCAUGAUGUGCUUAAUGUGUUUCAAGUGACAGGCUUGGAUGAGCAUGGGAAAUAUUUUAUGGAAGCUUCUCCGGCAAAGGAGGGGGAAUACUUUGAGUUCUUCGCCGAAGUCGAUGUCCUCUGCGCUCUUUCAGCUUGUCCUGGAGGUGAUCUUUCGAAAUGGGGCUGGGAGAAGGAAGACGGGGAGAUGGCUGGAACGUGCCGUCCGCUCGGCGUCGAGGUAUACAGCCUGACCGACGAUCAUAUCUUGGAGGGAUGGCAGAAGCCUAGCUGUCCCAAAUAUGAAGGUCUGCAUGGGAUGGCGAUGCCUCGGAGAGAGGAUGACGCAUCUGGUUAUGUCGGGGUCUAG